CCACAGCAGUAUUUAACUGGUGCGAAGAGAGCACUCUUGCAAGUGUCUCCUGUUUACAGGCCAGAUUCCCCUGCCAGUUCACACGAUGUUCAAAAGGAACAAGUCCCUGGAACGCAAGAGGGAAUUAUUAUUCCAGGGACUUCCACAGUCCACAAUGAAGAAUAAUACAAGAAAUUUCCACUCUUUGUCACAGCUUGUACUCUCAGCAGGCCCGCUAAAAACAACUCCAGCAGUCAAACAUUCAAAAACGACCCACUUUGAGAUUGAAAUACUGGAUGCUCAGACAAGAGAGCAGAUAUGUAUUGUGGAUAAGGUAACUCAAACAUCAACCAUUCAUGAUGUCAAACAAAAGUUUCACAAAGCAUGUCCAGAAUGGUAUCCUUCUCGAGUUGGCCUACAACUAGAAUGUGGUGGCCCUUUUUUGAAGGACUACAUCACUAUUCAAAGUGUUGCAGCUUCAUCUAUUAUCACACUCUAUUUUACAGAUUUAGGUCAACAAGUCAGCUGGACCACAGUCUUUUUGGCUGAAUACUCAGGACCUCUGUUAAUAUACCUUCUUUUUUACUUGAGGUGCUCAUACAUUUAUGAUGUGAAAGAGAGCGCUAGACAGCCCCGACACCCUGUAGUACACUUGGCCUGUUUCUGCCAUUGCAUCCACUAUAUUCGACACAUUCUGGAAACUUUAUUUGUUCACAAAGUUUCUGCAGGACACAGUCCUGUGAAAAACUUGAUGAAGGGUUGUGCAUUUUAUUGGGGAUUCACUUCUUGGAUGGCUUAUUAUAUUAAUCACCCAAGAUAUACACCAGCAUCAUUUGGAAAUACGCAAAUAACAGUGUCUGCUAUCAAUUUUUUGAUUUGUGAAGCUGGAAAUCAUUUCAUCAAUACAGUGUUGGCUCAUCCCAAUCACACAGGGAGCAAUGCCUGUUUUCCAAGUCCAAAUUAUAAUCCCUUUACAUGGAUGUUUUUCCUGGUUUCCUGUCCUAAUUAUACCUAUGAGAUUGGUUCCUGGAUUAGUUUCACAGUUAUGACACAAACACUUCCAGUUGGUAUUUUUACAAUCUUAAUGAGCAUCCAGAUGUCUUUGUGGGCACGAAAGAAGCAUAAGAUAUAUCAGAAGAAAUUCAACUAUUAUGUGCACAGGAAAUCAGCCCUAAUUCCAUUCAUACUAUAAGUAAAUGUAGUUAUUAAUACCUGAGCAAGAAGUUCAGCAUAUAAGUUCACUCAAACAGUUUAAGAAAUGAUAAUCAGCUAUUAUAAUGCAGCAAUUGAUUAACAAUAUUUUAAUAAAAAGAAAAUGAUGAUGGAAUUUGCUAAAGUUCCCUUAUGACUAGAUGUCAUUAAAAGCAUGAGUUAAACUAUGCAUUGUGGCUCAUGCUUGAUUGAUAACACACAAAGUUGAAUCUGGAGGGCAGCCAGGAGUGUACGUUCAUACAAGAUUAUAUGGAGAACACAUCUUAAAAUUACAAAUAAGAAUAUUAAAUCAGAAGUUAUUAAUAUAAAUAUUAAAAUAGCAGUGAAUUAUUUGCAAAACCUCAAUCUUGAAAUAAUAGUUUUGUUGCAUUAAUAUUUCACAGCACUAUUUCAUAUGGUAAUUAUAUUAU